CGCAUGUAGGGAGCAGGGAGUGAUUUAGGACUCGACCUUUAAAUUCUACACGUUAUGGCGGAGGUCAGGCUGCGGCUCGGCUCAGGAGCCGGUAGCCUGUGGACGGCGAUUCCAUAUAUUUUUUUGGCCUCCAGUAAAAAAAGGUUGGACGUUUCUGCUUUGACUGGAGCGAUCCACGUCUACGGUGUUCUAUCUCGCAGGUGGAUACACGCAUCGAGAUCAUUUCGAACCUCGAGCACAGGGGAAAUCCCGUUAUACAGAACGAAACAUGCUUAUUACGACAUUCUGCAGGUUUCUCCAAAAGCCACUCAGCCGCAGAUCAAGACUGCGUACUAUAAACAGUCCUUCAUCUACCAUCCCGAUAGAAACGCAGGCAGCGAACACGCCGCGUCACGAUUCUCGCAGAUCAGCGAGGCCUACAACGUGCUGGGGAAUAAAAGUUUACGCAAGAAAUACGACAGCGGGAUUCUCAGCGAGGCCGACGUCCGGGGUUCGAGCAGACCGACUGCGACGAAUCAGACCACGAGCCGAUCUUCGAGCGACGCUACGAGAAACCAUCGCUCUCCAGAGGCCGGCGCUCGAUCGCAGAACGUCUUUGAUUUCGACACUUUCUACCGUGCGCACUACGGAGAGCAGUUGCAGCGACAGAAAUACAUCCGAGCUCGUCUGCAGGAGAUCAAGAGGCAGAAAGGAGACAAGUUUCAGGACAGGAAACUGGGACGCAUGUCAGAACUAGCUGUAGGCAUCAUGCUAGCUGUAGCGGCGGCCAUUUUGUUCAGUAUGAAGUCUGCAAAUGGAUGAUGUAUUAAUCCGUCUCUAAUCCGACAGGAUUGAACCGUUUAUUUUCAAGUUUAUUCUGGACUCUGUACAAUACCAGAACAUAGAUAAAUAUUUAUUUACCGUCAGAGGACAAUAAGGACUUAAAAAUAUAUUACAAUAAGUUCAAAUGUUUAGACUGUUAAUGCCACUCCUGAGAGAGAGAGAGAGAGAGAGAGAGAGAGAGGAAAAACCGCAAGGAAUGAAACAAGGAAGAGAGAAAACAAUAAAUAAAUAAAGCAGAAGAAUUUUUUUUUUAAAAUAAUAAUAAUAAUAAUAAAACUAAGAAUGCAGAGAAGAAAGAGAAGAUAAUAUAUUUUUGGAAUCAGUUAGCAGAGAAAAGAGUCAUUUCUAAUUCAUCUGUGAUCAAUUAUGGGUAUUGGUAAGAUCAGUCUCAUCAGAAUCAUAAUACAAAUGAAUCCUAAUUUAUCUCAAAAUAUUUUAUUGUGUAUAAUUAGCAUUAAAAUAAUUCAUGCAAAUGACACAAUUCACAUAUUGGCAGAUGUUCUUAUAAUAAAUAAUAAUAAUGUACAUAAGCGUCUUAACCAAUGGAAGUUAAACAGUAUGAGUUUUGUACAGAGUUACAGAACUUUUCACUUCCUCUCAGUAAUCACACACACACACACACACACACACACAUACACACACACACACACACACACACACACACACAGGUCAGAAAGACGAAUGUAGUUUUAUUUCUGUAAAUUCUGUGCCAUGUUAAUGAGUACUGUGAUGUUUAUUGGGUCUGAGG